AUGAGGAGUUGUCUAACCGGGAGGAGCGGCACGAAGACUUCAAAAGUUAAUUAUUCUUCUUUGGCCAGUAUGUCAGAUGGAGGAGUUGCUUCUACGGUGGAAACUACCACCACUGCCGCAGCCGCAGCGACGGCGACGGCGACGGCAACCACCACAAAUACUAAUAAGAGAUCGCUGUGGCCUACCGUUCUGCGUUGGAUACCUACAUCCACCGACCACAUCAUUGCCGCCGAGAAACGCCUCCUUUCUAUUGUCAAGACUCCCUAUACCCAAGAGCUGGUUAAUAUAGGAACUGGUCCACCAGGGUCUAAAGUCAGGUGGUUUCGUUCUGCGAGCGAUGAACCAAGAUAUAUCAAUACUGUAACUUUUGACAGCAAAGAGGGCUCCCCAACUCUUGUUAUGGUACAUGGAUAUGCUGCUUCCCAAGGGUUCUUCUUUCGGAACUUUGAUGCCCUUGCAAGUCAUUUUAAGAUUAUUGCUAUUGAUCAGCUUGGUUGGGGUGGCUCAAGCAGGCCUGAUUUCACCUGUAAAAGUACGGAAGAAACCGAGGCUUGGUUUAUUGAUUCAUUUGAGGAGUGGCGCAAAGCAAAGAAUCUUAGCAAUUUCAUUUUACUUGGACAUUCAUUUGGAGGUUAUGUUGCUGCAAAAUAUGCUCUCAAGCAUCCGGAACAUGUUCAACAAUUGAUUUUAGUGGGACCUGCUGGAUUCACUCCGGAAAGUGAUUACCAAAAUGAGUGGUUUUCCCGCUUCAGAUCAUCAUGGAAAGGUGCUGUUCUAAAUCACCUGUGGGAGUCUAACUUUACUCCUCAGAAACUUGUAAGAGGACUGGGUCCCUGGGGUCCAAAUCUGGUUCGUCGUUAUACCGGUGGUCGGUUUGGUUCACAUGCACAGGGAAAUAAGCUAAAUGAUGAUGAAUCCACAUUACUUUCAGAUUACACUUACCACACAUUGGCUGCCAAAGCUAGCGGAGAGUUAUGUUUGAAGUAUAUAUUUGCUUUUGGAGCGUUUGCCCGGUCACCUCUUAUCCAAAGGGCACCAGAGUGGAAGGUACCAACUUCCUUCAUAUAUGGAGUCCAGGAUUGGAUGAAUUAUAAAGGAGCACAGGAAGCUCGUGAUAAAAUGGAUGAGAAGGUUCCAUGUGAAAUCAUAAGAGUACCUCAGGGUGGCCACUUCAUAUUUAUAGACAACCCGGACGGUUUUCAUUCAGCUGUUUUACAUGCUUGCCGAAGAUUUUUAUCGCCAGACCCAGACAGUCAGUCUCUCCCUGAAGGCUUGACAACUGCUUAA